UGAGAUGUGAUGCGACAGCGUACUAUGAUAACAGUAAUCUUGAGAUGGAAACGAAUUACAACCAUAUAAUGAAUACGAACUCAAAAUUUCAUAUAUAUCUUAAUAUGACAGAUGAAACUGAACGAGCCAACUUCACUGAAUAGUUUGCGUGGAUAACAAUGGCUUCUAUUCUCUCUCUGCCUUUUUCUUCUGCUUCCACUGUUGGAAGCUGGUGGAGGAGUCAAACCUGUGCCGCAAGUUACUGUUCAAGUUCUUACCAGACAAAAGCAUCAUGGUACAAAACUGAGAAAAUUCAGAAUGCAUGUUCUACAGUGAGGCAGCAGCAGCAGCAUGAUUUGAAGCAUCAUUAUAGAGGUAUUGAGACAUUAAGCAUAAUUUCUGUGUCUCUUCUAGCAGUGGAAAAAUUAUCAGAUAUUUCUCCCGCAUUUUUUGUUGGUUUGUUGGAGGUGGGUCUCAAAUUUGUUUGUUUGUUUAAAAUUAUCUGA